CAUUGUUAUUACUCCAAAUUCCAAUGCGAAAACGUGAGAACGCAAUUUUGUUCUCGCUCCAAACGAUCGCGUAAUAACACAAAAUUAAAUCUCGAAUUUCGGGAAAAGAAUAUGUGCGACUUAAACGGGCCCCGCGCCGCUUUUCUCAACGUGUUACGAGAAUCCCCGUAAAAACAACGAAAACUCUAAUUAUCGAUUGCGCCAACAUGAACUGAUCCUGGUGUCCCGAAAAGAGCAAAACGCGCAGUGCAGUACAACAGUGGGAAAAUUACGAAAAAUUUGAUGAUUGUGUAGUGAACGGGCGAAAAUGGCGAAUCCGAGGAAAUUCAGCGAGAAAAUCGCGUUGCACACGCACAGACAGGCGGAAGAAACCGCCGCGUUUGAAAAAAUCAUGAAGGAAGUCUCUGAUGUUAAGCCCAACGAAGAACCACCUCCGUCGCGCCUCUCAAGCGCCGGGUCUAGACAGAGCCGCACCAGGUCUCCCGUGGGGCCCAUCAGGACCACCAGGGAGAGAAAACCCUCGCCGUACUCUAGCGGUCCCUACCUGAGCCCCCCUUCGGACACAGGGUGGCGCAGGACCAAUAGCGAUUCUGCGCUGCAUCAGAGUGCUAUGCAGGUAGAUAGUCGUGUUGUAGAUUCUAGGGGAUGCUAUGGUAUGGGUAUGGACAGAGUGGACCCCGCCCAAAGAGUCUCCUGGAGCAUGUUACCCACCAUGAACGGUCCAGAUAGCCGGAACUCAGACGGAAGGCCGAGAUCUAGUUGUGAUAUACCUAGGGUACCUGGGAUUCAUAUAUACCCAUCUGCCCACGACCCAGGCAUGGUCCAGAUUCCUAUCGGGAAUAACACCGGAUCACUGCCGGACUUAACGAAUAUGGAUUUCACGUCCCCUAUACACGCCCCUCUCGAUCAGGAUCAAGAUAACAGUUCACCUUAUAGUUCUAGUCCUAUAAACACAAGUCCUUCGACCCUGUCGCCUACCAGUAUGAUGCCGGGGGUGCGAAACCACAAUAGCCGCUUUAAUUUUACCCCGCCUAUAUCACAGUCAGUUUCGAAUCAUUUAUCAGUUCCAAAUAGGUAUUCUAGGUUUCAGCAGCGGUCUUUAUCACAGAACGAUAAAAGCGUAGGGCCACCUGAAAAUAUCGACUUUUCACAAAUUGGUGCGAUAGGUGGUAUGUACCAACAACCCGGAUCUCCCGCAUCACCUGUGGUAUGCUUUCAGCAAUUACCUCAAAUGGAUAACUAUCGGAGCUCGCAGAGGCCGAGCCCCCAGCCGUCCCCGACGCUCGGCGGCCGACACUCCGCCCCGUGCAGCCCUGGGGAGCCCAGCCCCAUAGCAAACGAUUACCAUAUCCAUAACCAAAGUAUUCAGUUUCAGCAGCAUUUUGAACAACUGACUGUCUCUGAUCCUCCGAUAAGCCAGAUGAGUUACGCCACGGACCAAUCAGGGGCCGGCAGUCCACAGCAACAGCAGCAACAGAUGACGCAUUCGCAGCCCAUCCAAGGUCUCCCACCCGACGGAAAGUCGGAUCCGGGUUAUUAUAGUACGUCGCCGUCCCAGCAGCAUCCCCUCGUCUAUCCCUCUACGUCACCGGGGUUGCACAAUACCUCGCCGAAUACUCCCACGAGUUUGCCUGAAAUUAUUUUGACAGAUUUUUCAGCAGGCCAAGAUAUUACACGGCUAGACACACCUGAAUUUUUGACAGACGACCAACUAAGAGAAGGUUUGGGCUCCCUAGACUUCGCCGAACUACAAAUGCUUGGCGGCAUGUCCGAGAUCGUCGAGGACUACAGGUCAUAACACAGGGACUCACCUUCGUCGGUCUAAGUCGAACGUCAACCCGUAACCAAGACGUGUUGUCCAGUGCGCUCCACCACCCCUCCCACACAUAACGCAUUUUCUUAAAAAAAAAAACAAAACGUUUGAACGAUCUUUUUUCUGAUAUCAUUAAAUUAAUCUGGACUUACUAAGUGUGAUUGUUAGAUUUAGUGUCAUUCGUUGCCAACUGGUUUUUAGGGUGAAGUAACACGAAUCGAUGUGCAGGGUGGUUAGUAAUUGAGUGCCGAUACUACGGUAUAAAAUUGUCGGUACUUCAUUAUUAAACAGCCUGUAUAAAAGUACAUUAUAUCGCUGUGCUGUGCGUGUUGGCUCUAGAAUGUGUUUUAGCGCAUAAGUCCGGGAAUGGGGUUAUGCUUCAUUGUGGUAGGAAGAAUUAUGUUGAUUGAAAGAGGCUUAUCAGUAAGUUUGUACGGGGUGUUUUAGCAUAAGAUAUAUAAGGGAGAUAUAAGGAAGAGGAGUUUAAAUGUCUUAAACUUAAUAACUUCUGAGGGGUGUAAAUAUUUUGAGUGGAAAAACAGUUUUCUUUCAUCAUAACUUUGAUGCCUGACCAGUCGAAUAAUAUCGACAGUAGAAUCUGCAAAAGGUAGUUCUAAAUUUCGUUCAGGCUUUGGAAGUCUUUUUUUUCGUUCUUCCAGGUUGUUGGUCUCAUUCGACUCCCUAAAUUAAUUUUUUAUGUAUUUUAGGCAUUUAAAGUUUUUUCUAUUUUAUUCCAAGUAUCUGUAGCAUAUUAUUUUUCACAGGAAAUCUUAAUUUGAUUGAAAGCACGCUCUUGCAGUCAUAUUUUAAUUUAUUCCAUGUUAUUUUUUUUAUUGUAUAAACGAAACAUUAUUUUCAGUUAAUGGAAGUUAUAAAAGGUGUGGUCAAAUUCCGAAACGUUAUGAAAAAAUUACUCUCAAUUUCUGCAUAAAAUUUAAAUUGUCCUCAAUUGCCUGAUAUAAAUUAAAAAAUUACUUCAAAGUAAAUUUGUUUUAAGGGAAAUUCAUUUCACUCAAUAAAAUGAUUUAUAGAUAUGCUUUAAAACAAUUAUAAAGCAGCUAAUUAACAAAUUGUGCAUAACACAAUAUAGUUAUAUAAGAUUGUUUUAUAAAUGGUUUAUACCAGAUUAUUUAUUGCAUUAUAUAAAUAUUUUAUUAAACUGUCGCAUAGUUAUCUAUAAAACUUUGUUAUAAAAUAAGGUUUCUUAGACAGAAUUAUUUUUAUUAAAGCCAUUAAAUAAUAUUUUAUUGUUCAAUAAGCUCUUAAUAUAACUUUGUAUAAUAAUUAUAAUUAAUAUAACACUUUAGUUGGCUUGAAGAUAUUCUAAAAACAGAUUGGUAUUGUUACAUAAAAAAUUACCUCUAUUUCCUGGAAUAAAAUAAAAAAUUACUUUAAAUGUUUAGAAAGAUAUGAAAAAUUUAUUUCACUGCCACGAAAAUAAUGAUUUUUUUCCAGGUUCAUAAAAUAUAUAAAAAAAUUAACAUCUCUGGAUAACGUAAGAAAUGACGUUAAAUUAAUUUUGAUAUAUCGAUGGUUAAACUCUAACAAGUCGUAUCCCCAGGUUAGCUAAUUUUACAGGAGACGCAAAAAAUGACAUUCCUCAGAAAUUUCGUAAAAAAUAUCGAAAUUGUAUGAAUAGAAAUUAUCCUUAAUCUGUUCGGAUAUAUUCAGAUCAUUUUAUUAUUUUUUGAGCAACUUGGUAUUUUACAGGGUGGGAUACGAUAGAUUAGAACUUUCGAUUUGUGGGUUACGUCUUUUUGUGUUUUAUUUGGAGUGGUUUACGACUUUUUCACUUUUGUGGUUUUCAUGAUUGUGUGGAUUAGGAUAUAAAUCAAACUAUAAAUAAUUAUUAUUGCAGGUAUCUUUUAAGCUUUAUUAAUGAGCAGUGUAUGGCAAGUUGUCGUAAAAACUAUGGACAUCUAAAUUUAGCACAGUUUUUAGUUCUUGUAAAUGCUUCCAUUUGGUAUGUUUGAUUGGGAGACGUUCAGGAAACAAGGGUUUAAAUGUAUGAUCUUUGGGUAGUGGAGGAAAUUUAGCACGUUGAGGCAAAAUUUUGUAUUCGUCUUCGUAGUUUAUUUUAUAGUGAAUACUUCCGUCCGGUAAAUAUUUAAGACACCUUAAAUCUGACAAAGUUAGGUCGCUUUUGAUUUUUCCCGGCCGUAUAGAGUCAAAUCGAAUGAGAUUCUUAUUGUCAUAUUAAAAAAAAAAAAUCAUGCGAGAGAUACUUUUCGUUAAGUGGGAAAAGGUUUUUUCGAGCUUCUUUUAUAAUUUGUCCAUACUGCGAUGGCAGGGUAAUAUCAUGACCUUUUAAAAUCCUUUCCACAACUGCAUGGGUGGAGUCGCACUCCAUUUGUGUAUGUCCCUUUUCAAGGUACUUUUGCUCUAUAGAAAUUUCAUGUUUGGUUGAAAAGAAGCUCAAAGCAUUUGAUAAUACAGUGUUGGGGUUUUGAUAACCACAGCCAACCGAAAAUAUUAUUAUGUUCUUUUUUUCGGCCAAACAAUGUUCUUCAAGAUGGUGUAUAAUGCAGGAAGUGAAUACAGAUGCUUGUAAGUCACCUUCAGACUCAUUCCAUACAUAAUUGGUGCACUGAUGCGUCGCUAAGUUGUAAAUUGUAAAUAUGUGUACUUAUAAUCUGGUCUUGUAAUACACUUUGCUGGCCUGAAUAACAGGGCAUAACAUAACGGACUGUACAUUUAUGGUAAAGACAUAAUGCAUCCCAUUGACAGCUUCUUUUUUAUCAUUAGUUUUUUCCUCCUGAGCAAGGGUUUUCUUUUUCAAAUGAUUUUGGUAUUCCUCUUCAGUUAGUUGCUUAGAUUUGUAUUGUAGACAAGUGUCACACUGAUCUUUUUUGGGUUUGUGUAGUGCUAAAUUUUUACUCUCAAAAACUGUGUUAAAAGUCGUAAUGGAAACUGGUUUUUUUCGUCAUUUUUACAUUUCUGUUUAUAAAUUUCAUAGACUUUCAUUUUUGUCAUAAAGGGAUGUUCAAAAUACAGCUUUUUGGAAUCCUUGUGGUAAUAGUGUGAUUUUAAUUUUGGUAGAAGGUCAAAGAAUGAUUUUAGAUGAUUUACUUGUUCACCAGGUUUCUCAAAAAAAUCAGAGCGACUUCGUUUAACACUUUUUCUUUGAUUCCCAAUAUCUUCUCUUUCUACUAAGCCAUGAUUUUCACUUGUAGGUACCCAGUUCUGUUCCAUUUUUUCGUUUAAGCCUAGAGUUUCCAAAAACAUUUUUUUACAUACCUGAAGGUCCUUGCCUUCUAGAGGGCCCCUGAACAUAACAUCUCUUUUUUUGGCUGAUAUAAAACCAAAUUAAUUACGUACACCUUUUUCUGUUCCCAAGUCAUUUCCCAGAAUAACUUAAAUAUUUCUUUACGUUUUGCAGAAGUUAACUUUUCGCAGUUUCUUUUUGAGGACUUUUUACAGAAAGCCUCAUUUUCACAGCCAUUUUUUAUUUUUCGCGAUGUUCUUAAAAUGUUUUGAUGUACAGUCCCAUUGUUACGGGAGUACCCCAAGUAUUCUUUUCCCAACAUUCUUUGUUUUUUGCUUUUAUUCUUUUCCCAUUCCUCAGGUGCUGCUACUUUUCGUCUAACUCUUUUUUUUUGUCCCUUUCUUGUUACUGCAAUUACUGGCUUGGCUGAACCACUGGCUCAGCUAAAGAUCGCACACUGUCAGAUUGGCGAUCUGAGUCUACUUCGUAGUCUGGGUCAUCUUUAUUCAACGAAUCAUUAAUUUUUGAAUGCUCUUCAGGAUGCUCGUUGUGAUUUAAUUCAGAGUUUUCUUCAGGAGCAGGAACUAAAAAUAAUAUUUUGUGUUAUUUUGCGUACAUAAUUACUGUAUUUGCAUUGCAAAAUAUUUAAAAAUUAUACCUGUAUAAUCAUUUUAAGAACCAAUCAUUGCGACUUCGCUAUUGUUGUUAUGGCAACUACCAUAAAUGGUAUUUUCCGCCAUUGUCUCAUUUAGUUCAGGAAAUAAUAGUUCACUUUGGAAAACAUCUGAAAAAUAUAGGUAAUUUAAUUUAAAAUGUAGACGCUCACUUUUUAUACGUUCAUAAAGUAAGUAAUAACAUCAAGUUAAAUGGUAUUAAAAUUUUAUGCAGGUAGAAAAUGUUACAAAUUAAAGACGUACCUGAAUCAUUCUGGCUGCCAAUCGUCGCCAUUGCAUCUUCCAUGCAAUCAAGACCGAGAUCCAGACUCACCAGUCCUUCGUCUACAACUACUUCGCAUUCGUAUUCUACGUUGUUUUAUAGGUUUUGCAGGAAUACUGCUUCUAACAUCUUUCUACCUCGACUACCCAUCUAAUAAGAAGUUGACUAUAGUUUAUCUUAUAAUUUUGAUUGAUAAUUACGCAAAUUAUCAAUCAAUAGUCCUAAAUUAAAUUAUGUUACUUCUUAAAUUAAGUUAUUUUGGCUGUAUAAACCCAACAUAAAAAGAAAAAAAGAAAAUUACCCUAGUUCAAAAUAGUCGGAUAAUCAAAUUUUACGUUUUAGACAAAUAAUUCUAAUAUGUCGUAUAAGCAACGCUGCAAACAUUACCUUUAUUUCAUAAGAUUUUAUUAUUAAAUCAUUUAUAUUUAAUUAUUUUCAAGAUAACUAAUUAUUUUUAGACAUAAAUUGCACAGUUUUAAGGCAAAAAACUUACAUUUUAAGAGUUUUUCAACCAAAAAAAUCACAGAAACAUCUCCCACGAGGAUAUUGCAGGAUACGACAAGUUGCUUUUACCUAUUCAACCAAUGAUGAUACGACAAUAUUUAAAAUUUGAAUUCCUCAAUUCCUAUUGGUUAGUGGUUUACGAGCUUUUAGAAUUAGGUGGAAAAUGUUGUAUUGCGUAAAACACUAAAACCUGAAAAAGUGUGGUUUACAACCUGUUAGAAUUUAGCCAUCGAUAUCUGAAUAAUAAAACAACGGUAAAAGAACAGAACCCUGAGUAACGCUGGAUAAAAGUCGGAUUUUCUCUAAUUAUUUAUUAUUACUACUGCCUUUUUAACAUAAUUACUGAUUAAAUAUCAAAUCUGUAAGAGAAGUAAAUGUGUGGACAAUACUUGUUUUUAAGUGGCAAAUAAAAAACAAGUCUUGGUAACGGUACCAAAGGCAUUUGAAUAGUCUAAAAUCAUUGUUGAGUUUAGUUUAUGAUCUGUAGUAGAAAUAAUGAUGUAUGUUUCCUAAAACCACAUUCCAAAAUCUCCAGACUAUGUUCCAUUGCAAAUAAGUAAAUUUGUUCAUCUAAGGUUGAUGGAUUUUUUACUGUUGCCAGUAGUUGACAUAGAGAGGUUUUAAUAUUAUCUUUAGCCUAAAAAACCACAGUGGUUAAAAACAUCAAUAGAGUAUAUGUUUAAUUUCAUAGAAAUAUUUUGGAAGUUAUCAAAGUUAUGAUGAAAAAAUAGUAACACCCUGUAACUCUAAAGUUAAGCGGUCUAAGAAAUUAAUACUUUUCUUCUUACAAUCUUCUAGGGAUUCACACCUGGAAAUCUUAGCAUGUUUCACAUUAAAUAAACUAGUGGAAACCUGUUUGGGGUGGAAAAAAAUGCCUUCUGGUCACUUACUACUCGUGGUAAUUUUUUUUAGAUCUGAACCAAAAGAAAAACCCUGAUUCCUUAUAGGUUAGAUAGUCGUAGAAAGUCAAAUAUCCCAGCCGCAAAUUCUGAACAUAUCGAAUUAUGAAUAACUUACUGCCAACAGAAAAUUUAGAAGGUAUCCUAAUUUCUGAAUUAUUUAGGACCAAUAUAAGCAUAGUAUUUACCGUCCAUUAUUUGAUUUUCUAACAUUGGUCAAUUUUUAUAACUAGGGUAAUAUAGAAAAUAAUUUUAGUCCUACUGAGGAUACUACAAUUUAACUACUUUUUUAAAUAAAUCACGGUAAAUUAGAUGUAAGCGAUUCUCACGACGCAUAACUGCCAUAACUCCUUGUAUUUGGCACGUUCUCUGCAUUAGAAGAUAACGCGUUUAUUCAUUGAAAUACCCUUUAUACAUUUAAGUUUUAUAUAAGUAUUUUUCUCUAUAGAUCUGCUUAAAUAUAUAUUUUUUUCUGGAAACUUUCAUAGUAAAAUCAUUGUUUAAAGCCACAUGGCGUACAGGAAAAUCGUUUUUUAGAACCAAUCAUAUGCAUGGUUUAAGUUUAGGGUAAGGACGAUCCUGGGUUAUAAAGCCCAUAGGUAAUGGUGGAUUUUUUUUUAAAAACAGUCUUGUUGGGUUUAAUUGGAUUAGGUAUGGGUUAUAUCGAAUGUUUUAAUGGUUAUUUUAUUUUAAACAGUGGGUUCAGCAGAUGGUUUUACUGGAAAAAUCUUCUUUUUUCCCUUUUCACUACCCAGUUUGCUGACUGCACAUGUUCUAUGAAAUUCGUCACUAAAAAAUCAUCAUCAGAUCAUGGACAGACAAGCACUGUACUUAAAAAAAAAAUUAGACACACAAAUGACAGAUCAGGGUCGUAUUUUGCCACGAGUGACGAUAAAUACCGCUGAAAAUCAUUUCACUGAUAAGUCGUCUAAGCAACAUAAUUUUUCUUAGGGUUGCCAUAAACUUUACUGUCAAAUUUUAAGGGUUGAUUUUUGUUUACCCUUAAAAAUUUCUCGAUAAAGUUUCUAGCUACCCCUAAAUUUCUCUGUAAAUAUAGUAUAAACUAUUUGUCGUCUCUCACAAUUUCAUCGUAGAUUUUAACGGGAAUCUUGACGUCAUGCUAGGGAAAAAACAAUUAAUUAUCGAAGACUGAAGGAUAGUCUUUAAUCGACUGUUAAGGGUAAGACAGUUUUUUUACAUAUUGGCAACAAUUUUCAUAAUUAAGGACUUACAAGCUCAAUGGAGAUGUUGUAUUAGAAAACCUUAGACCUAGUUUCAAGUACAAUAUAAUAAUUCAAACGGGUCUAAGAUGAUAAGCUUAACCCUAACUUUUAUUCCCAAAUCAAGAGGUGGUUUUGAGGAUUAAUUUCAGCAUUUAAAAUACGAUGAUUAGAAUUUAAUUAAUUUGUGGGUCACCUAAAUAAGAUGGACACUGGACUGUCUCGACCAUUAUUGCACAAAAAGUUCCACUAUAGUUGCCAAUAUUUAAAAAACAUAACGGGAAGUUAGGAAAUAACAUAUUAUAAUGAUAAAAUGAAAAUUACUUUACCAAAAUGUUAAUAGAUUGGUUACAUUUUUUAUAUAUUGUAUAGAUGUAAUAAUUUAGGAGACGUAAAUUUAUAAGAAAUUGUUAAAUUUUUGUUGGCCUUUGAAACUGUUUUUUAUUGUUUGACUAUGGGUACUUUUACUUUUUCUGUGAGUAACAGAUUUACAGAACUUGAGUCUACUAUUGGGGAAAGUUUUGUGAGACACUCAAUGUUAACAUUUAAAUGUAAACAGUGUUUUACUUUUUCAAAAAUUGGCUAAAAUGGGGUCUAUCCAGCAAAUUUUAUGCUGCUAUUGAGAACUUUAUUUUUUAACUUUAUAAUAAUUUUUUGACUGUUUAGUGCAAAUUUUACGAUUAGUUUUUGAGGUAUUUGGCUUUAAAGUCGAAAAUCACCUACACCCUCUUCUUCUGUAAGUUUUAUGUUUAUUUCUGUUUCUGUAAAUGCGAAGUAAUAGGACAAAAAAAUUACCUUAGGUUUGGAUUCAGAACAACUUUUGCCACAUAUUUCACGAAAAUCUAUCGACUACUUUUAAAAAUAUUGAUUUUUGAAGUUGUCUGAAAAAAAACCCCAAAUUUGGAUUUUAAAUCUAUCAAAAACAUACUAUUACAUGAUUUUUCUCAACAGUAGGCCCAAGGUUAUUUUCCGUUAAAGGAAAUAACGAUUUCUGUUGUUAAAAAUAUUGUAUAAAAAACCAUAUUAUACACUACAUACGAAACUUUUAUGUGUUCUUCUGAAAGAAGUAAAAAAACCACAUUAUAUCGAUGUUGACACUAUAUUACCUAAUAUGUAAUAGUAAAGAAAGUUUGUUGUUGUGGGAUCAAAAUAUUUAAAAAAUAAAAAAGAUAUUCUUCAGGAAGUAGCCUCAUGACUGAACUAUUUAAAAAAAAAGCAUCUAAAAUAAUUGAUUUUGUAAAAAUUGUGUAUUUUUAUAUUUGUUUGUAUACAUUGUAUAUUCUGUAUAAGGUUUAGUUAAAUACAAGUGCAAUACGAAUUUUUUAUUUUAAGUUUUUUUUUUAUUAAUAUUAUUUGUCAAAAAGUCAAUAUUUGAAACGAUUUAAAUAUAUUUUGUUCUUCCAAGCUCG